AUGAUCUUCUGGCACAGCGGCGCCAACAGGAACAAGAUACGUUCCUUCGUGGCCAAAGAACUCGGUGCCAUUCGCAACAUCGCUCAGCUUUUUGUUCAAGGCCUGAAAGCCGAUGUGGAGGUUGGCGUCCAGGCAUCGCUUUCUCCGUUUGAUGUCAACCAUACCCUGUGCAGCGACGAAGCUUUGCCAGAGCCUGACAUCUUCAAGCCGCUAGCAGAGGCUGCACAAGUGGAGGUGACACGGCUGGCCAAAGAGUUCCUCUUGGCACGUCCUACAGCCUUGCUGGUGAAGUCACAGCCUCCCGGCGACAAGACCGGAGGCGAGGAUUUGAAUGAGAUCUGGUCCAGGACCAUGCGGCAUUGGUCUGACAAACUCCCGGCUUUGUCUGAAGCGGCUGCCCUCGUCCUGAGUUGCUUCCCGAGCACCGGCGAGAUUGAGCAGAAUUUCAGCUGGCUGCAGCAGUUCUCGGAGGGGUCAUUAAUGAAGGUCCGCCUCGACGGGCCGACAGCCGACCAACUCGUCUGUCGCGAGCCCCACAGCAUCCUCCCGAGAAAGCCGUGCCUGAAACUGCUGCAAGAAUACCGUCGCCUGUUUGCUCCGAGCGGCGGCUCGCAAGGAUGCCGCAGCUCACUGGGUCGUCGGGUUCUGAACGGCCGCCUGAACCCGCUUUCAAGAGCUGGCUUGAAGCGACAGCGAGGGCUGGAGCAGCAGCAACUCUUGCAACAGGCGCCGGCGGAGUCUCAGCCUGAAGACCUCGCUACUUUGGAGGCUGAAGCCGGCGAAUCAGCCAAACGUCGCAGGACUGACAAGCAAGUUAGCCUGACUGCCGCCCUGGAAAAGUACAAGACCAAGAAGGAGGAAUGGGCGACACUUGAUGCUUCGUCCGAAGCAGCCGCUGCUGGCCGCCUGAUAGAAAAAGAGCGGGAGGCUGAAAAACGCUUCGAGAAGAUGAAGAAGAUCGGCGUGGCCAGACUUUCAGCCGUGCGGUCUGAUGUCCUUGCGGCCGACCGCGACCGUUUGAUCAUGGUGGUGCAUGGCCAUGGCUCCAGCAAGACACCGGGCCUGCCUGAUCUUGAACGACUGGGCAAUGCUCGUGCUUGGCCUGAGUCGAUCGAAGUCGAGCGUGACUUCAUCUUCAAGCCGUCUGAGAGUGCUUUCUCGGCUGAUGCUCGCGAGUGGGUGUGGGACAGCAGCUUCACCAACGUCACCGCCUCCAAGUUGGUGAUGAAGCACGUCAGGGAGAAGUCUGACUGGCUUCAAACCGAGCACAGCUCAUGGCGAAAAAUUCGCCAGUCUGUUCGAAACCGUACAGCUGGAGAAGGCCCCCGUCCAGUGCCUGACCCCACAGACCCAUGGUCUGACAAUGACAACAAUGACGUGUCUGAGAACGACGACACGGGGACCUUGGGGACCGUGCCUGCUGACACGGGCAGCACCAGGGCAUGGACUGCCGAAGCCGCCCCAUGGAAUGGCACAACAGUGCAAGGCGGGGCGGCAUCCUCCACGACAUGGGCGUCUGAGCAGCAGCCGUCGUCUGACAAUCAGCAAUGGGCGUCUGAGCGGCAGCAGUGGUCGUCUGACAAUCAGCAGUGGCACGGCUCGGGCUGGCGUUGGCGAUCGUGGUCUGAGUGGCAGGAGGCCGACGGAGACAGCGACGAAGAUUCCAGGGCAUGGGCCUGA